CCUGUCGGUUUAGUUCCUGGUUACAUAAAGUCAAGAAUCACCCACUGUCCAGAUUGUUGUUUUUUCCUCAUCUUUAAACGAACAGUUGUUUUAUUUUGACCAACAUGUUCAAAGGUUUGGGGACGUGGUUGGGUUUGGAGAACCCAACGUACACGAAGACGUCAGACGACAAAGAAAACCUGAGCGUGCAGCAGGAAGAGAAGGUGGUGGAGGCACAAAACGAGGUAAACAAACAGCAACCAGCUGACCAGGAUGGAGAACCAGAGACGAACCUGGAGAACUCCGAGGACAGCAAAGGACUGGGUGAUUACAUCUUCAGUUUUGCCUCCAGUGCCACCAAGAAGAUUUCUGAGUCAAUGGUAGAGACAGCUCAGACCAUCAAGAAGACUGUGGAAGAAGGGAAAAUUGACGGCAUCAUAGACAAGACUUUUCUUGGAGACUUCCAAAAGGAGCAGGAGAAGUUUGUUCAAGAGAAAAAAGCAAAAAAAUCAGAAGCAGCAGUGCCUCCCUGGGUUGGCUACAAUGAGGAAGAGACCAUCCAGCAACAGAUCCUUGCUCUGUCAGCUGACAAGAGGAACUUCUUGCGGGACCCUCCGGCUGGUGUUCAGUUCCACUUUGACAUGGAGCAGAUGUAUCCUCUGGCCACAGUGAUGCUGGAGGAAGACCAGCUCCUUAACCGCAUGCGCUUCGACCUGGUUCCCAAACACGUGAAGGAGGAGGUGUUCUGGAGGAAUUAUUUCUACCGGGUGUCUCUGAUCAAGCAGUCGGCUCAGCUCACAGCGCUGGCAGCUCAGCAGCAGCAGAAGGACGAUGAGGACAGAGGCGCCGGUGUUUCACCUGAGGACGUCGUCCUUACAGACACUGUCAGACCAAAAACUCCACCAGUUUCUAUCAGCGACAUACAGAAGCCACCUCAGGAAGAAGAGGAGGAGAUGUCCACAAGUCCUGGAGUGUCGGAGUUUGUGAGCGACGCUUUCGACUCAACAGCCAUCAACCAGGAGGACCUGAGGAAAGAGAUGGAGCAGCUGGUGCUGGAUAAAAAGGAGAGCACCCCCUCUCCUGAUGAUGAGUCGGCCGACUGGGAGAAGGAGCUGCAGCAAGAGCUCCAGGAGUACGAGGUGGUGACCGAGUCAGACAACAAAGACGACCAGUGGGACCAAGAGAUCGAGAAGAUGCUCCAGGCUGACGACAGCUAGAUGACUACCGUGUGCCUAUCUCCUGUACAGGCAGUGAUCUGGCCCAGAAUGGAUGAAUAGUGAUGAAUAAUGACCAGUGAUGCACAACGGGAUGAACUUCCACAUCCUCUGCCCCCAUCCAGCCGUGAUAACUAUCUUGUAAACAUUCUCCUCUAAAACUGAUGAAGGUAUAGAUCCAGUUAUAACAAGAGUGUGUCACCUCUGCUGGAAGCAGUGGUCAUGUUCAGUCAUGUUAGUGAAGUACUACUUCAUUGCCCCUUCCUAAAUGAGUUUUAUCUACUUUUUCCUCCCCCAUCUCUUUUUUCUGUUUUUGAUGAGAAACGCUGCUAGAGGGCGCUCCAGUACAAUUACCAUGGAUUUUACAACAGAGGGGGCUUGUUGAAAAUCACAGAUCUGCAUCAAAUUUUUAUCUUUGUUUCCACUGCUGCUUUGUGGUGGGUUGUAAAGUAAAGUCUUAGUAUAGUGCUAGUACGGUAAAAUCACAUGUAAAGUUACAUUUAUGUAAAUAAAGAGGAUUCUAACACAAUA